AUGACCAUCAGAACCCAAGGAACAACCUCAAAUAUAUUUCUAGAAGGAGUCAAAGUAGAUUAUGUUUCACAUUUCAAGUUCCUAGGAAGUGUGAUCUCAAAAGUUAACAUCAUUAAGCAGGAAACACUCAGCAUGACACAGAAAGCAGCCAAUUUUUACAGUCAAAUCAGAAAUCUUCCCUGGGAUGAUGAAAUGCCAAAAAAUUCAAAAGCGAGCAUGUACCCUGCCUAUUUUUUACCAGUCCUAACAUAUGGUUUAGAAACAUGUAGCGUACUAAAGAAAGGUCUCAGCAGAAUUCAGGCAACAGAAAUUAGAUUCACUAUAACUAUGAAUCAAACAACUAGAAAGGACAAAAUCAGAAAUGAGGUGAACAAAAAAGUAGCUGAUACUGAGGAUCCUGUUACCAGCCUCAUACAGAAAUGCAGGCUUCAGUGGUAUGGGCACAUAAUGAGAAUGAACAGCCGAAGACCUGCCAUAAUGUAUUUCAACCUGAGUCUCAUAGGAAGAAGACCAUAA